AUGAAGAUCGCUCCUUUCUGGGUCUCUAGUGCCCUAUUAGUUCCACGGGCUCUAGCAGUCCUUACUGAAUCCAAGGCGACAUCUGCUACGCUCACUGCCUCUACUGCGGCGGCACCAAGUUGUACAUCUUCCCUCACCAUCAGUCUCUGCAGCUACCCGGAACCUGGCCCAGACUUUGCCGUCGCCAUCGACAGCAGGGCCUCUUGCUGGGACUACUGUAAAGCCCAUCCUCCCUGCAACUUUGUUAUCUUCUCUGCCGGCAAACCUAAUACGGGCACCGGCACGUGCUGGCUGUAUCCGGGUGAAACCUUCGAUGCGAGCAAAGGUAGUUCGAAUUCCGCCAAUCCCAGCCUGUCCGUCUACAGCCAGCCCGUGUGUGCUGGCGGGAGCGCAUCCACCAUUGCUGGCGCCUGCGCCUGCCGGCCUCUCGCUCACUAA